AUGGUACGUUCGGCUGAUGAAAUCAAGUUAAUUCUUUAUCGUAACCUCCAUGCAUAUCGUGAAGACAAAGCCCUACAAGUUAUAUCUAUAUCAAGUAAUGAAUUCUGUGGUAUGGAAUGCAAUCUUAUUAUACAGAGACGCCCAAAUGUAUUGUCAAUUGUCUGUCUACAUGGGAUCGUUCUCUUGGGGUUUGAUCAACCUGAUAAGAUGAUAGACUGGCAACUUACAAUACAUGCAGCAUUAGGUUAUUUUGGUGAUCAGAAGUUUACAAUAAGUUUACCCAAUAGAGGUAAAUUAUCACCUGGUCCAGCUACUCUGUAUUUAUCUCAAGAUCACUUUGCUGUUACUACCUCAAUACCAGUCAAGGUACUCGCUUCCUGGAACUUCCAUGACUUAGCACGAUAUGGCAAUAUUGAUGAAGGGUUUGCAUUUGAAGCUAGUAGGACCGCUUCAAGUGGAGGAAUUUUUGUACUACUUACUGAUGAAGGAGAUUUUAUUAGAAGUGCCUUUGAUGCUAUUUCCAGGAGAGAUGUACAUGUUAAUUCAAUAAGACAGUCCUUUGAAUCAGAAGCUAAUAUAGAAAACAGACCUCUUUUGACAUUUACAAAUGAAUGCAUGGAUACCAUUGAGAAAAAGUCUGAGGAACAAGUACAAGGGGAACUUACAAAAAGAGAUAUUAUGCAUUUUGCAAGAAGAACAUCUGUCAUCAAUAUUGAUGAUAGUUUCACUGAAAGACUCGACUCAUCGUUUGACAUUUCAACUGCUUUUUUGGAUCCUAUGGUCAACAGGCGAGUUUCCAGAAAAGCAUCACUUGGUCAGUGUUUGACCAAAAAGUCUGCAGAAGAGUUUGAACUGAAACAGAAAAGGAAAAUGUCUGUACCUAACUGUAUGACGACGUACUGUAAUCCACAGGAAAGGUUUUCUGGUGGACAUUUGGAGGAUUAUGGGGUGUUGUCUGAAAUACAUGACCUUGAAAAAUACACUAGUCUGUCGUACAGGACAGAUAAAUUAAAAGUGAAUGGUAUGUCCAUUCCAACACAUGGUGCUAUUACCCCCGAAGAACUUCAUCAAAGGAGCAUAAAAACAAAAGAUAUUUAUAUUGAAAAUCUUAAAAAUGACAAUAGUACUGGGCCAAUACGAGAACAAGAGUAUGAGCUAAUGGCUCCUUUGACGUCUCCACAUGAAACGACUAAUGAUCUUACAAAUUCUCAAAAUCGAAAAGAGCUGAUUCGUGAUGCAGAAUAUGAAUUGAUGGCACCUCUGAAAAAUUCCCAAAGUAGUAAUAGUCAAGAAAGCGAUGGAUCAUCUAGUAGCAGUGGGAAUUACCAUUUUCAUACGACAAAUUCAAUGACACUUAUUCGUGACGCUGAGUACGAACUUAUGGGGCCGUUAGCGCCAGUACAAAAAACAAAUGUCCCACCAAAUGGGCCAAUCAGAGAGGCGGAGUAUGAAUUAAUGCAUCCCCGUGGAACAAUCCCUUGUCCAUAUCGGAACCUACCAUCAAAUAGUAAACUGAUGCAGCAGAGAAGUAUAGAUUUAAAAAACAAUGAAGUUGGUCCUGUGUCUGGACCUAUUCGUGAUAUUGAGUACGAAAUAAUGAGCCCACAAAAACAGGAUGUUAAUCUCACUCAGUCUGAUUCAGAUGGAGCUAAACAGGGUAGUGGCGGCUCCUAUAUUGACUUCAGGAAACACAUUAUGCCUCGGGAUGACAAAAAGGACUUGUUCACUAUGCUGGAAUUUGGACAUUCAGCAGCUUUACAAAACUCUCAUGAUACAUCCCCUAGACCGUUGCCAGUGAGUUUUAAACUGUUAACUCCACCAUCGUCUCCUACCCAUGACACUCCACCACUUCGACCCAGACCCGUUACAUGUAAAUUGCAAGGUGUCAGUACCGAGGAUAAUAUUCCAGCCCCAUUCGAGCACAGUGAACUACUUCUACCAACACAGUUAUUAACACCACCAUCAAACAAAUCAGAAAGUCAAGUUGCCUCUCCAUACUCCCACGCAAAGGAUGAAGGCAAAAUCUCAAAGAAAAGUAAAAGAAAAAGAUGUGUUACAGAACCUACUAGGACUGGUUCACCAAAUGUAUUAGAAACAGAGGCUGAACAGAAAGGAUUACUUUCAAACAAAACCAAAAAUUCAGAUGGGACAUACAUGUAUGAACGAAAGCGUAGCCUCACAGAUCCUGAGAUAUUGAAAGCACGGGAUAAGUCAAAAGUCAAAAGUUCCUUUCGGAAAUCACGAAAAAAAAGUGCAAAUGAAAAAAGAACAGAAAGUAUUUCGGUGCCUCAGGCAUCUGCUACAAACAGUAAAAUGUCUGGUUUCAAAUUUAAAAAACCCAGAAGAGGAUCAUCUGCGAAAGACAAAAUGUUAUUCGGGUCUAUGCGUUUGCCAAAAAAAGCAACCUUGUUUGAAACCACCAGAACCUAUUCCAUGGUGUCCCCACCUAGGAAAAUUAGUCCUGCAACACUUUCUCGAUAUGAAAUGUGCUCGCGAAGUUCACAGGAUUGGCCAAUGGCUCGGAAGCCAGUUUAUCACUUUGGGGACAAUAAAAAAACAUCAUUUCAGAGACCACGCACUGGAAGUGAGUAUGAGGUGGUCCAUACUAAUUGCAAUAAAGAGGAGCAAGAGGAAAAAUUAGAAGGAGCAGUCGGUGGAACUGUUAGCGCAAGGGGUGACUGCUUCUUAGAUGUUCCACUUCCUGAGCGGCAAUCCAUAUCUUCGACCGAAACAUUGGAUCAGAUUCUCUCUAGAAUUUCGCUUAAAGACCAGGCUGUUGACACCCCAGAUAGGAAAUCACAAUGUUCAUCAGAAACUGGUGAAGUUUUAGAACUAGUUAUGCUGGGAACAGACUCGCUUGUUGAAGAGUGCUUUUCGGAAUCAACUCAUGAGCGAAACAGAAAGAUAUCCCAUAGCAGGACAUUGUCUUUGCCAGAUUGCAGCUAUAGUCCAUGGAUGGCUGUGCCACAAAUACCAGUCUCCAUUAUCUCGAAUGAUGAAGAUGAUCACUCUUCAACUGAAAUGAAAAGUAGUGACACAAAUGAAAAUGAUGAUAAUGAUGUGGACUAUGCAGAAAUAGAUUUCAUUGCAACACAAAAUAUUGCAAAACAGAAUAUUAAAACAUGA